AUGGAAGUUGUUCAAGUGCUUCACAUGAAUGGGGGAAUGGGAGAUACAAGUUAUGCCCAGAACUCAUUGCUUCAGCAAAAGGUGAUAUCCAUGACAAAGCCAAUUACAGACGAAGCAAUAACCAAUCUCUACUGCGACACUUUCCCUACAAGUUUAACCAUAGCAGACUUGGGAUGUUCUUCAGGACCAAACACUCUAGCUGCAGUAUCUGAAAUUGUCAAAGUAGUGGACGAGAUUCGCAGAAAACUAGGCCAUAAAUCACCAGAAUAUCAGUUGCUGUUGAAUGAUCUUCCAGGCAAUGACUUCAAUGCCAUUUUCAGGUCAUUGGCAGGCUUCCAAGAAAAGAUGAAAAAACAAAUGGGAGAUGGGUUUGGGCCAUGUUUUUUCGCCGGAGUCCCUGGUUCUUUCUAUGGCAGGCUUUUUCAUGCCAAAAGUCUGCAUUUUGUCUAUUCUUCCUACAGUCUCAUGUGGCUGUCUCAGGUCCCUGAAGGUCUGGAUGGUAACAAGGGGAACAUUUAUAUGGCCAGCACAAGCCCACCAAGCGUGCUUAAGGCUUAUUACAGGCAGUUUCAAACGGAUUUUUCACUGUUUUUGAAGUGUCGUUCUGAAGAGUUGAUGGCAGGAGGGCGUAUGGUUUUAACAUUUUUGGGUAGAAGAAGUGAAGAUCGUACCAGCAAGGACUGCUGCUACAUUUGGGAGCUUUUAGCUAUGGUUCUCAAUGAAAUGGUCGGAGAGGGGUUCAUAGAGGAAGAGAAACUUGACUCCUUCAACAUUCCUCAAUACACACCAUCUCCAUUUGAAGUGGAAUCAGAAGUUGAAAAGGAAGGGUCCUUUGCCAUUGAUCGAUUGGAGGUUUCUCAAGUCAAUUGGAAUGCCGCUGCUGAUGAUGAUGAAGUUCACAAGUGUGAUGCUUUUAAAGAUAGUGGAUAUAAUGUUGCAAAGAGCAUGAGAGCUGUGGCCGAGCCCUUGCUUGUUAGCCAUUUUGGAGAAGCAAUUAUCGAUGAGGUUUUCUCUAGGUAUACAGAAAUUGUGGCCGAUCGCAUGUCGAAAGAGAAGACUCAAGUUGUCAAUGUGACUGUGUCCAUGACAAGAAGGGAAUGUUUUUGCUAA